AUGAGCGUCCACUCGCUCGACUAUGCGCAGCCGGACAAUAUGCGACUUGAACCGCUUCCAAACCUUGAUCUCGAAGCUGGACGCCACUCGCCUACCUCCCCUACAGAGAGAUCCCCAAAUAGGGGGAAUGGGUCAUUCGUAGACGUGAACGCGUUCACCACUGCAGCACGGAUCAACUCAACCGACACAGCCAAACGUCGCAUGCGACGUUCGAACACGGCGCGCUCCUAUCGACCUGAAGGCUUUGCCCAGAACUCGACUUGGCAGCCCGGAACCGAACCUGGUAUCGAUCCGACCAAAUCCCUCCCCGACUCGAGUGCCGAAUGGGCAUCGAACGUGCCCAGCGAUCUACAUCGAGAGUGUGAAAUUACAGUGGUGGAUUUCUCGCAGAAUGAAAUGCGGCAGUAUGAGUUGGACAACGCGACGCUAGAACAGUUUCUGGCGCGUGAACGAGAACCAUGGGUGCAAUGCCGAUGGAUCAACGUGAACGGCCUAAGCUGGGACGUGAUUAAAAUUCUUGGAAAUCAUAAAAAGCUACAUCGACUUGCGAUCGAAGACGUGGUUCACACAACGAACCGAACGAAAGCCGAUUGGUAUUCGGACCAUGUUUUUGUUGUGUUGGCAUUGCAAAAAUUGGUCAAGCUGCAAGAAGAAAAGAGUGACUCUGACGACGAGGACGCCGCAGAUGGUAAAUUUAAGGAGAGAACCGGAUCUGUUGCAAGUGACAGAAGCUCGGUGUCUAUCAAACGGCUCACCAAGCGAAAUCUCAUCCUUGACGCUCUCAAGGACAUCUUCCGGCCCAAGCGAGGGUCACACGAAGAACGCGAAGACAAAAUUCCCGUUGGAGCUAGUGUUCGCCCUGGUCCACGUCGGCAGUCUUCGAAGCAUACUUCCCAUUUUGGAGAUUUGUCUGUGACCAAGGGACGCACUGCUAGGACUCUACAGCGAUAUCGCGGUGGUCCAAAUGAAGGCCGAAUUGAGUUCAUGGAACGUCAUGCAGUGUUGGCAGCCAAAAACCUAUGCGUCACACUAGAGCAAGUUUCAAUAUUCUUACAUGCCGACAAUACCGUGACAUCCUUUUUUGAAAGCAGUGCCGAUGAUAUCGAAGCCCCUAUUGUUCGGCGUCUGAGUUCUCCUGAGACGAUUUUGCGACAAUCCUGCGAUGCAAGCAUGCUCCUGCAGGCCAUCCUUGAUGCCAUUAUCGAUCUCGCGCUUCCAGUAACCAUGGCCUACCAAGAUGCCAUUGGCGAUCUCGAACUUGAAGUCUUGACUGAUCCGGAUAUCGAUCAAUCCAAGAGCUUGUACAUCCUUACGUCCGAAAUCUCAGUACUGCGUAAUUCUAUGCAGCCUAUCGUCGCCGUGAUCAACGCGCUUCGUGAUCAUCGAUCGCAACCAAUCGGUACACCUGGACUCGGAAUUGUCCGCAGUAGCCCUCAGAGCCAAGGUACUGCAACGGAUGAUCCAUAUUACGACCACGAAGAUGAUCCACGAAUCGAAAUUGCGCCACCAAAUUUAAAGAGUACUAGCGGCUCGACUGUGACGAUAAGUCACAUGUGCCAUACCUACCUGGGUGAUGCCCUAGAUCACUGUAUUACCAUCGUGGAAGGAUAUGAUCAAAUGCGACGUGCUGCGGAUAACAUGAUUGAUCUUAUUUUCAACACUAUUGGUGCCUACCAAAACGAGAGCAUGAAACAGCUCACCAUCGUCACUUGUCUGUAUCUCCCUAUGACCUUCUUGACGGGGUACUUUGGAAUGAACUUCACUGACUUUGCUGGCAUUAACAAUAGCGACUCCUAUUUUUGGAAGAUUGCUAUUCCUUUCGUUUUCGUGACAACUUGCUUUUUAAUGCGUGACAAGAUUCAGCGUACCGCUGUCAUGCUCGCUCAGAAGCGUCUUAUCACUAGCUCCAGGAAACAACGACAAGAACGGAAGGAGAAGUAA